UCUCACCUCUUUCAUACUAAGUGUAAGAGGAAAAACUGCAACUGUGGACACAUUUGUAAAAUGCUGAUUAACGCCUUUGUGUCAUGUAUGUGGUACUAAACUCAGCGAAAUAUCAACGCAGGGCAAGGUACCACGGAAGAAAAAUACUCUUUUUAAGUAUGCUUCCUUAUUCUCUCGUCGAUUUAUUAUAAUUUGGUGCGUUUGGUGAAAGUGGACUCAUUGGUGCGUAGGGCAAAGCAAAGGCCGAAAAACGAAAGUGCGAUAGAUUUGAACGAGCGAUACUUGCCGUGGUUGGUAAAGAGCUACAAGCAACAGCAACGAAAAGCGCGAUGACAUUUUCACCGGGAUCAGCUGCCUCCUACGCUACAACAAACUGUAGAAUAUAUGAACCGCGAAGAGGAUUGAAAAUCAAUUGUGACGUUAUCAGGCAGAGGCACUGCUUUCCUCGAGACCAUGAUUACGUCCGUUUGUUUGGAUACUCGUAUCAGAGAAAGACAGUAUUGCAGAAUACCUCUACAAGACACGGAGCUUUUCAUUUGCUCAAGUAUCACCUUCAGCCAUUUACUACGUUGUCUGCUGGCGUCGGCGGCUCAUACGAUAGCCAUCAAGCAGCCGAAAAAUCAGCCGAGGACGUGGUCUACUUUCUCGAUUUUCUGUAUCAAGAACUCACUAUUGGAGAAACCGUCUAUGAAGAACAAGAACUGAUUUCAGUUCUGGUGGAACUCUCUCGUAGCCUUCAGUUUUCUGGUCGCUGCUCCGAAUGUGUGGUCAGUGUCGAUGAGAGGUCUUUUCAUCUCCUGCUAAAACUAUGGGAAACAGCAUGGAAAAUUAGCGUUGCUGUUGAAGCACGUCUCAUCAAUAAUGCCGUGAUGUCCUCAUACGCUCAUGUGUUAGGACGGCUCCUAUUCUGGGACCUGAUCUCUUCUAUACAAAAGCUCAGUGGAACGUCUUGUGCUUGUCUGCAGGAGACACUCGUAGAGGUGGCACGCUUUCGAGCAUCUCUCCUGUGGGAUGACUUGUCAAAAGCUCAAGAUGAGAUAGUUUGCUUGUGUGAUCAGGAAUGGUGGACGCUUCCAAUGGGCUGCAAGACCGGAGUGCCGAGCACUUUGCAGCUGGAGAUAGUUAAUCACUUACUACAGGAACGGGUUCCGCUUUCGCCGAACCCGUCAUACUGUCGCCUGUUGAUAUUAUCUGCACUUACUCAAAACCCGGAUUUGGCUGUAUCAACUGCUAAGACCUUAUCAACAUUCUGGCCACAAAAUGCGACUGAAAUUAUUAUGCCUAUUUUAGAUCACUUUUUAGCCAAUAUGGACGAAUCUUACGAUAGGCCCAUUGCUUCGAAGCCAGGAACCAUGGAAAAAUUCAUAGAAAAUGAUAUCUCGGCGAGGUCUCUAAUGAAUCUGUGCGACCAUAUAUGUUCAUCCGAUAUGAAACAAAGCAAUGUGUUCUAUGAGUGCCUGUCUUUGUGCGCUGGGGCUCUUCGAGGUGCCACUCCAGAAGGUAAUCCGCUUCGACAAAUCAUCGGUCGGGUGUACUUAAAGUUAUCUCGUGCUAGAGUACUCGCGUUCUCCCGUUCUGGCGUGAUAAACUUCACUCUGACGAUGCUAGUUUUAGCGCGUUAUAGCACCGAUGGCAGCAGCAAAAACCAUAAUCUCAAUGACAUUCUGAAACGUUUUCAAGAGCGCGUAGUGCCCCCGGCGGAUUUACCACUAACAUCAGCUCGUGUUUGCCUAUUGGUCUCUUGUUUGUCGUCUUUUCAACUAUUGUUUAACCUACUGCAGCAACCUGUUGACCUUGCGCCAAUACUUAGCUUUGCCGUGCAACGUCUACACCAGGAAUCUACAAAAGUUCAUUGUUCCGAAGUUGUACCACCUCUUCUCGAAGUGCUGGAAGACUUAGCUACUGCAGACGCAUUUAAUAAUGGGCUUAUACUUUAUUCAGAAAUCCAGACGAUCUAUAAUAAGUGCUCGCCUUCUCUUCGAGUAUCUAUUCAGACCACCUGCUCUUCGAUGAUCGAUCGCUUCUAUAAGCACAAUUUCGAAAGUGAUGACAACCCCAAGGCUCGACUGAGUCAGGACGCCUUUGUUUCAUCGACGAUAUCAUUAGCGCUUCCUUUGGCCAUGACCAGUUUAUCGCAGAUGGAGAAGUACUCGUCGAAUUAUGAGCUCAAUUGCGCAGCCGACCUAUGUGCCGAAAUUCUCAUAGGUCUCGUUAAAUGGAGACAUCCUCUCUCAGGCACGUUGACGAGGGCAUCUUUCAUACAGGACGUAAUUCGUCACGUGGAUCGCCAGCCCGUAUUUGUAGUAAGAACAUUGGCUUUGAUUGUGAAAAAAUCUGAUGGAGAGACGUUCAUCAAGGUCUGGCAGGAAACGGAAGGACCAGGCCUUCUUUUAAAGCUAAUUAUGUAUGUUCGAUCGCCUUUAGUUGAAAUGGACCUCGUGACCCGUUUGGUUCUCAAAAAAAUUAAGAGUGAGCUCCUGCAAGUUGAUCCAGCUCCAACAGCAGAUUUUAUGUCCUGUUAUCAGCAGCUUUUAUGCUAUUGGAGCCGUCGGCACCAAGAACUAAUGCAAUCAUGUUCCAUAGCCGAAGCUGCAGCCUUUCGCAAAACGGUCCGCGCUUUGCUAAGAGCGGUUCACUUCGAUGCAAAGGCUGUACUCGACCUCCCAAAUGGUCAGGUGGCGCACUUGUACCAGGUAGUUGCGUUGCUCUUUAGCGAUGCCCCUGACCUUCUCUAUACAAAGGGUCUAGCAGAUUGCCCGUUGCCACGUUUGGUCGAGACGUUCGUCUAUCCAAAAUCACUAUUGCGCGAAGGAAAAGUGGUCCUUCCGCGGAUGCUCGUCGAAUGCAUGAGAGCGCAAGGGCAUCGAUUUCUACUUGGCCUGGCUCAAUUGUUUAGGGAUAAUGACGCGUUCAUCGGACGACGAUUUUCAGAGAUUGUGGGAUACUACUGCAAAAUAUUCCCACAGGCCACACCUAUCUCACUGUUCAUUCAGCAAACUGCUAUGGAAUCACCGAAGCUGACAAAGAUUAUGUUAGACACGGUGUGGUCAUUGGACAUCGACCGAACUGCCGUCAUUGAUGUUCUUCUUGCAAUCCUCAAGAAGUGCUCCGAUUCUCUUUCUUCAUCAACGCAAAUAACCAACGUGCACCUAUCGUUAUUGACGAAACUGGCCUCCGUUUGCGGCGCCAUUCAGUUGCCCAAGUUCCGCGACCUACUUGAAGCCUGCUUGUUGCCAUGCGGAGUUCAUUGCACAAGUGAUCAGACACGAGUUAUCGGACCUCUGAUGGCUAGCAGCCUAUGUAAAACUGAUGCAGCUAGAACUCUACCCAUCGUGGAUCUGGUAGCCUCUACUUGGCCUGAGCUGGCCGAGUAUAUCGUGCAUGAUGGUGGGAUCCAGGCGGCGCUCUCCUCCACGCAAAAUAGAAGAGCGUUGGAACAGGUCAAGAAAAAGGUUCGUUUGCUUGGAGUUAAGUGAACCACAGAAAAUUUUGGACCACAGAACCACAGAAAAACUGGUCCAAAUAUGUGUAUAAAUAAACGUGGGACUAUUGAAGCGAUUUGGCACAAAAUUUCCUGUCACAUUGUUAUUGAUUGACAGUAUCGCAAAGUUCAUAAAUCAUUAACUCUUACAUAUCCAGUAGCUGCUAAGAGACUUCUAUAGGGAUACAAGAGCCUUAAAGGAGGAUAAACGGUAAUUGUGUUCGAUUCGGAGCACUGUAAUGUGUGGAUAUUAUUACCUGGAUAGCUUGUCUGUGACAUUCAAUAAAGCCUCUUCCGGUAUA